ACAGAAACUUGUAAACAGAAAAGUUGAAAAUACAAGACUUCUGCAUUAUUCGUUGUUAUGGCCCUACAAGCGGUUGAUAACUUGUUACAAAAAGCCAGGAAAGCAUCUGAUGAAGAUAUUGAAAAGCUAUGUAACAAUAUAUUAGAGACAUUUGAUGUUCCUGAUAAAUCAACAGAAUGCACAAAUCUUUUACGUCAGUUAUUUUUCAUUUUACAAUCUUCAGAACAUCCUACAGGAAUAUCCAAAAAGCUAUUGGCUAAUUUAAUCACUUCCGUUGGAUCCAUGUCAGAAAAAACCACCAAACAUUGUCUGUUGUGUCAGCGAAUUGUCAAAGAGGUUAUGCCACUGGAAGCAGAAGAUGUAUCUGAGUUAUUACAACCUGAGGCUGGUAGUUCAGGAACCAAAAACUUAAUACCCCUUUAUAUAGCCCAGGGUAAAAGAUUUGGAUGUAUUAAACCUGUAUUGUCAUCUGCUAUUAGGUGGCUUGGUUCACAAAGUUAUGAUUUUGAGAGUCAGAGACAAGGUUUUGUGUUUCUAGUAGCAGUAUCUAUUCUUCAUUCCAGUUCACUUAAUACAGAUUAUAUCCAGACUACAAGUGAACAGAUAUCACAAUGGUUAUUAAAUGCUAGUGUACAACAAGCAGCUAAUCCAUAUACAAUAAAUCCAUUCCGUAAAGAUCAGACUAAUGUUGUUAAUGAAGUAGAUGGUACACCUAGUCAAAAUUUCUUUACAUUGUUAAAUAUAGGGCAGUAUUAUACAGAAGAUCAGUUAAUGAAUAUUUAUAGUUUUUCUAUGUUAUAUAAAUGGUUAUAUCAUUGUCAUCAACAUCAGACAUUAACAGAUGAUCAAACACACAUCUAUAAUAAAGUAUUUGGUAAUCUGGCCAGUAAAACGGUUGAUUAUUGUUUCAGACUUUUAGAUCAGUGUGAAAGAAAAGUAAAAGUAGGAUCUGAUAGUGAUCUUCAAACAGCAUGUUUAUAUGAAGCUGUUUGUAUAUUAGAUUUAAUCUGUACAAUAGAUGGUGGUCAUAUACCUCGAGUACAUCAGGAAAUAAAACGUUUAUAUAGUCGUAUAUAUCAAGAUACUACAUAUUUCCCCGUUAUUAUACAAAUAUUACAGUUCUUCUUAAAUCAUAGUGGUGCUGUAGUCCAUGAUCCUCAAGAAACUUAUAACAAUGUAUUUACUGAUAUAUUGAUGAACAACUAUGGAGAUCAGGGUUUAAUGUUUGAUUUAAUCUGUUUUAUACGUAACAAUCUAGAAACAUUAUGUUAUAAAACAUCUGUAUUAUCAACAUUCUUCCCUAAUAUAUUUAAGAUUCUAGCCUGGCAUCCGAGAACAUUUCUCUGUGAAUUCGUCGAUAUAUUACCAGCUUUAAUGACCCCAAGCACAUCAUUAGAGAUAUUUCAUACAUUACUGGAUCUACCGUGCAUGACAGCAGCGUUAGAAGUAAAAGAAAAGUCACCAGAUUCUUUAUCUAAUACCAGUGUAUCUACUAGUACUAAUACACCUAGUACUUCUAUAGAAGCUUAUCAGAUGGCAUUAUAUAGACCUCUCUUUAUCUUUAUAACUAGAAUUGAAGGUGGUCAUGGUGAUACUAUUAACAGAUUGAAGUCAUUACACUCAGUUUUGGAUGAUAUGAAAAAUAGUGCUAGAGUUUUAGUUACAUCACAAACAGUUCCUGUUUUAUUGAGAGUUUGGUUUGAAGAAAUAUUAGAAAAUGGUGGUCAGGAGUUUGCUAUACAAUUACUACCUGUUUUAUUAGAGAGAUCAGAUCUUCUUUAUCCAAUUACAGAAUUUGUAAAAGAUGUGAAAAGAAUUAUAUCAGACAAUCUAGUGAAGAUAAUGAAGAAAUAUAAAUGUAUUAUAACCAGUCAGUAUGGAGAAAUAUCAGAUUUUCUUGUUAGUACAAGUAAUAUAGUCAACAGAGAAAAUUUCUAUGCGAACUUGGUGUGGUGUGUAGGAGAGUUUUGUUCAGUACAACAUAGUGAAUUAUGUACGGCUGAUCUAAUAGCUAAAUAUUAUGGUUUGUUAGAAGCAGUGACAUAUGAGACAUCAGGAAUAUUAGUAGCAUCUAAUAACACUUCUGAUAUCACACCUAAAACUCUAUCCUGUCUUAUUUCUGCAUUAGCAAAGCUAGCAACACGCUGUCAGGAUUUGAUUCCAAGAGCUAUUUUAUGUUUAACAAAGGUUGCUAAGCAACAUAUUGAUAAUACAGAAGAUCCUGAAGGUGGUGAAAUAUUAGUUACUAGAUGUCAGGAACUUAUUAAUAUUCUUAAAUUACCAAAUUUUGCAUCCAUGAUUCUCAAUCCUUCAUCAGAAAUAGAAACUGGAAGAUGGCAUAGAGAUAAUACUUGUUUACCUAUUAUACUUCGAUCUACACACCGAUAUCUAGUCACAGAUGGUUGACAAAUAAUUAUGACUUUCUAUGUGUUAAGUUAACCAGUUUUCAAUAUAUAUAUAGUGCAAUAAUUUAUUUAUAAAAUCUGAAUGAUAGCUUACUUUUAUUUUCAUUAUGGUAUUCAUCUUAUUUAAAUGACAGAAAGUCACAACCAGAAGAUGAUCAAAGUCUGUGGAAUUGGUCAAAUUUAGUUAAUAGCUUAUCAGUGUGCAAAACAGUAGGAAAACAACUGGCCUGAAGAAUCCCUCUCCUGAAACAUGGCUUCAAAAUCAAAAUGUAAAGACUCUUUUCUGGGGUUUUGAUUAUGUAAAUCAGAACUCUUUUUUUGAUUUUGCAGACUUUAUCCAAAGAUUAUAAUUAUUUUCUGUUGGCGUAAUCCUUUACGAAGCAAGCCAACAGUAAAGCUGAUGUCACCUCUUAAAUCCCAAAAUAAAUAGUUGACUCAUUAA